UAAAGACGCAAAUGAAAGUGCAUUAAGUGGUUUCAACUGUACUGAAAGUUCUGUAAAUAUUUCGUCAGAUGAUAGCAACAUGAAGCAACACUUUUAUGUCAUUUCUUUAUUAAGAACAGAAUUUACAAAUCUUCUGACGGAAAAAGUAUAUAAACGUAACGUUAUUAAUGCAGGAAAAACAUAUUAUCGUUUGCGAACAGUUUUACAACCUGGCAAGUGGCAAGAAAUGAUAACUGAUAAAUUUUGGGAAGCCACGCAUAUGAAAUGUGGUUUUCAAUUCAAAAAUCAUUAUAUUUCUGGCGAUGCUAAAUCUGGCGUUAUUAAUGAUUGUAAUUUUAACGAUAUAAAUAACAAUAUAAAUGUAUAAAUAUAAAUACAAAUAAA